CCGACGGACACAUCAAAACAACCCGCUGAUCAUAUGAUUUCAGUUUUGUAUUUUCAGCAUAAAUUCAAUGAAUUUAUUACAUAUGAAAGCAUUUGUUUAGUAGCGUCUUGUUGGCGUUUGUACUCAUCAUUCCUCGUUAAUGGUAAAUCUCUAAAAAACAACUGAAAACGGCAAAUUAGGUGAUAAAACGCAUCCAUAAUGACAUCUAAACCUACAUGUCUGAUUGUAGCCAGUGCUGCAUCUGCAGGAGUUUCAGCCCGAUCGUUCCAGCAGUGUUUUAAUUUGUGCAGUCCGGUGUUUAAUUUACAGACGGCGACCCCUGGGGGUAAAUCGAUCGACUUUACCGGUGUGGACGACAGCACUGCCCGAUGGGUGCAAGAGUUCAGCAUCAAACCCUACGCAAACCCGGCCAAACUGGAGUCUAUCGACGGAGCCCGCUAUCAGGCGCUGUUGAUUCCAGACUGUCCCGGGGCAAUGAAUGAUCUCGCCCACAGCGGGUCCCUCGCACGAAUCCUCUCCCACUUUAUUUCACAGCAAAAGCCGAUGUGUGCUGUUGGACAGGGCGUAUCGGCUCUCUGCUGCGCCACAGAGGAGCAGAAGUGGAUAUUUAGUAAAUACAGCAUGACUGGGCCUUCUGUGUUUGAGUUGGUGCGCUCUUCUGAAUUUGCCAACUUGCCACUGAUUGUGGAGGAUUUUAUCAAAGACAAUGGCGGAUGUUACACAGCGAGCAUUGAAGACGCCGUUCACGUCGUCCUGGACCGCCAUCUUGUCACGGGACAGAACAUUCAGUCCACAACAGCGGCAGUCAAUAACCUGAUUCUGCUCUGUAACAACAGAUAAACGCUUCAACGGUUAACAAGGGACCACGAAAUGAACGUGAACCUCAAGUCAGCUCAUGUUUUGAAAGCGGUCAAACAUGAAAUCAUUCCAUUAUCACUCCAAAUUUCACAUAUUUCUCCAGAGUUCAAAGAAAUAUAACACUUUCGAAUAAGGUUGAAUUUGUUCAUGUUAAUUUGUGAUUUACUAACAAGAACAUUUAUUAUUAAUUAACAUUACUAAAGUUGUUCUUGUUAACUCGCAGUGCAUUUAGCAGGCAUGAAUUUGGACUUUAAUAAUGCAUAAAUUAUGGACAUGAAUGUCUCAUAAUUCAAUUUAAAUUCAGAUGUUUUUCUGUGUAUAAAAUAUGAAUUUUUUAUCUGAAGUAUGAUUCAGAGAUUUAUUGCCACUGCAAUAGAAAGCCUUCUUUUUACCUCAAAGUUGAUAAUAAAACACCUAGAACUAAAAUUAUUAAAGUGGAAUAUUUCAACUUUGAACCUUCAGACUAACAUUCGUGUAGAUGUUAAUGAAUUAUAAUUUUUGGUUAUCUUUGUGUUGUGGGUAAAACUUUUGAACAAUCCUAAAGUGUAAGAUGAUUCAGUUUAACACAGGAAAUCCUGUGUAGAUCACGUUGAUCUGUUUUGAGUUACUUGCUGCUUUUGGUUAACAUCCAAUAAUAUUCUUGUGCUGCUGUUAAAAUGUUAAAAUCUAAAGAAAAAAAGUGCAGUUUCGCGAACAUAGUACAGUAUGAAGAAACCGAAUCUGUAUCAACUGAAAUUAAUUGUAUUCCUCAAAGGUAAAUAAAUGGUAAAGCUUAAUUA